AUGACCUCUCCGGACCCCCUCCCCACGAUCGCCUUCUUCGGCAGCACAGGCGGCUGCACCCUGCACUGCCUCGUCCUCGCCCUCCAAGCCGGGUAUAAGUGCAACGCAAUCGUGCGCACGCCCGAAAAGCUAACCACCCUGCUCGCCCCCUACAACCUCCCCGCCCCGGCCCUCAAAAACCUGCACAUCAUCCAGGGUAGCGCGACGGACGCCGCCGCCGUGCGCACCACCCUCCUCGCCCCGGACCAAACCCGGGGCCCCUCCGCCCCGAAGACCGUCGACCUGAUCAUCAGCGGCAUCGGCAGCAAGCCCAACUUCUCGAAUCUGCUGCACCCGACCCUCGAGAACCCGACCGUGUGCCAGGACGGGAUGCGCACGUUGCUGGCGACCCUGCAGGCUCUCCAGAACGAGAACGAAGUGCACGGCAAGCCCAAGCUGGCCGUCAUCAGCACGACGGGCGUGGACUCGAAGCGCGACGUGCCGGUCAUGAUGCUGCCGCUGUACAAUUGGAUGCUGAAGGUGCCGCACGCGGACAAGAAGGCGAUGGAGGCGAUGAUUCUUGCGGAUGCGGCGCUCGGGGCCGGCCGGGCGCUGGCCAGCUAUCUGGUCGUGCGGCCGAGUUUCCUGGUCGAGGGCAAGGAUAAGAAGGUCCGCGUCGGGACGGAGGAGGAGCCCGCCGUCGGGUAUGGCAUCAGUCGCUCGGAGGUCGGGCGGUGGAUCUUCGAGAAUGCCGUGCUGGCGUUCGACGGGCCCGUCCAGGUCAAGGAGAAGGUUAAGGGGAUGGGGACUGGGUGGGCUGGGGGGUAUUGGGGAAGGUUGGUUAGUAUCACUUGGUGA